AUUUGCAGAGUUAAGGUAUGCAACAAGCACACAGCAGCUCUGCAUGGAGAGGCAGCAGCACAAGUAGCUUGCCAGGAGCCAGUGCUGAGAGCUGGAGCUGAUAAGGAUCACUGGCUCCUCCCCCUCGUAUAGAGCGAGAGAGAGAGAGAGAGAUAUUGCUGCUGCUGCUUUCAGCUCUUACACACACACACGGCACAAACACUUCGGCACUGAAGCUCCGGCUCUUCCCGAUUGCUGCAGCUUUGGAGCUUAGUGCAAAACCUACUGCGGAUCUCAAGUGACGAGUGGAGCCGGGGAGGAAGGAAAACUUGAGCUGAGAUAUAAGCUUUUGGGUGGGUUUGGGGAGGGGGAAUUCUCUUUGCCUGUUCGGCUUAUUCCUGGACUUGCGAUUUUGUGGAUGUGACAGCGCGGAGUGUAGAGCAAUGCAGAGCCGGGAGAGCGGCAGGGGAGACGGCUGGGGAAAAUCGCUUGGAAGCGGCGUCUGCUGCCGCCAAGACCGGUCACACUCGCUGAAGUUAACAAUGAAGAGGACAGCAACUGCUUGCUUCUUAUGGCUUUUCUUCCAACUUCCCAUACUUGGAUCUUCCACCAAGGUGGCAUACAGGGUGCCAGAAGAGCAGCCACCUAACAUUUUGAUUGGUAGCUUAGCUUCGGACUAUGGCUACCCUGACUCCAAACACCUGUACAAAUUAGAGCUGGGACACCCUUAUCUGCGUGUGGAUGGUAAGACUGGCGACAUCUACACAACAGAGACUUCCAUUGACAGAGAGAGCCUGCGGGAGUGCCAAAACCUUGAACCGGGGCAGAAGUGCUUUUUGGAGUUUGAAGUGUCCAUGACAGACCUAAUGUCCCCAGUUCCCAGGCUUCUUGAUGGGCAAAUUGAGAUCUUGGACAUAAAUGACAACACGCCUAACUUUAAUUCCCCAGUCAUCACUCUGUCUAUUCCAGAAAACACCAUGGUCGGCAUGCUUUUCCCCAUCCCUGCUGCUACAGAUCGGGACUCUGGAGUGAAUGGCGUGUCUUCAUAUGAGCUGAUUGUGGGGCCUGAAGCUCAAGACCUUUUCGGGCUGCAAGUGGCUGAGGACCAAGAUGAAAAACAACCUCAGCUCAUAGUCAUGGGGAAAUUAGAUCGUGAGCAGCGGGACUCCUAUGACCUCACUAUAAAGGUGCAAGAUGGUGGUACCCCAGCAAGGGCCAGUAGCGCUCUGUUGCGCAUUUCCAUCCUUGAUACAAACGAUAAUGCCCCCAAGUUUGAGAAGUUGGCUUAUGAAGCAGAGUUGCCUGAGAACAGCCCAAUGGGACACUCUGUGCUCCAGGUUAAAGCCAAUGAUUCUGACCAAGGCGUUAAUGCAGAGAUUGAUUACUCCUUCCACCAAGCCUCUGAUACAGUCCGGCGGCUUCUACAUUUAGAUAGAUCGACGGGUCUGAUAACCGUCCAGGGUCCUAUUGACAGAGAAGAUGUAGGUACUUUGAAAUUCUCCGUGAUUGCAAAGGAUAAAGGAGCCAAUCCCAAAAUUGCCCGCACCCAGGUGACCAUUACAAUUCGAGACACUAAUGACAACAGACCAGUCAUAGAAAUUAGAGGAUUUGGUCUUGUUACACACCAAGGUGGAGUAGCUAACAUUUCUGAAGAUGUUCCAGUGGAGACACCGGUGGCUUUGGUGCAGGUCUCUGAUAUAGACGAGGGGGUAAAUGCUGCUGUGACUUGUGUGGUGGCUGGAGAUGUUCCAUUCCAACUGAAACAGGUUAGCGACACAGGCACCGAUAGCAAGAAAAAAUAUUUCCUGCAAACCACCACGUCACUGGACUAUGAAUCUGUGAAAGAGUACACAAUUGAAAUCGUGGCUGUUGACUCUGGGAACCCUCCCCUUUCCAGCACAAAUUCACUUAAGGUUCAAGUGACGGAUGUGAAUGACAAUGCACCUGUCUUUAGUCAAAGCUUGAUGGAGGUGGUAUUUCCUGAAAACAAUGAUAUUAAUGAUCUAGUGAUGGAAGUAAGUGCAACUGAUGCAGACAGUGGUUCCAACGCUCAGCUUCAUUACUCCAUUCUGCCCGACCCAUCUGCUAGGGGCGUUUUUUCAAUAAACCCAGACUCUGGUCAGAUUCGAGUCAACAUGGUAUUGGAUCGGGAACAGCGGGAACAUUAUGAUUUUCAUGUAGUUGCUGUAGAUAAGGGAAUCCCAAGUCUAAAAGGAACAGCCUCUGUUGUCAUCACUGUACUGGACCGUAAUGAUAAUGACCCCAAGUUUAUGCUUAAUGGCUACAAUUUCUCAGUAAUGGAGAAUAUGCCACGAUUGAGCCCUGUGGGCAUGGUAACUGUCAUUGAUGCAGAUAAAGGGGAAAAUGCUCAUAUUCAUCUUUCUGUGGAACCGGAGAGUGGAGAGUUUGUCAUCCAGAAUGGGACCGGGACUAUCCUCUCCAGCAUCUCCUUUGACCGGGAGCAUCAGAGCACCUACACCUUCCGGUUGAAGGCGGUGGACGGAGGGGACCCGCCCCGUUCCUCCUAUGUCGGAGUGACAAUAAAUGUACUUGAUGAAAAUGAUAAUGCCCCAGUAAUUGUUGUUCCAUCUAACAUUUCCUACAAGUAUCUCACCCCUGAGACGCAUCCAGGUACACAGGUCAAUUGGGUGCGAGCAGAAGACAUGGAUACAGGUGUAAAUGCAGAACUUGAGUACAGCAUCGCUAGUGGUAAUCCCUUUCAACUUUUUCAGAUCUCUCCUAAUAAUGGCGAAGUAACCCUGGAAAAAACGAUAAUAAGGAAGCAUUAUGGCCUCCAUCGCCUAGUUGUAAGAGUAAAUGAUAAAGGGAAGCCUUCCAGACAUGGCACAGCCUUAGUUCACUUCUAUAUCAAUGAGACCUUGACAAAUCAGACUUUUGUGGAGACUUUACUUGGCCACAGCCAGGACACCCCAUUAGACAUAGACAUUGCAGGAGACCCAGAGUAUGAGCGAAGCAAACAACGGAGCAACAUAAUAUUUGGUGUGAUUGCUGGUAUUGUGGCUGUUAUUUUAGUCAUUGUGGUAGUGGUUGUGGCACGGUAUUGCAGGCAAAAAGAAGCCAAGAGUGGCUAUCAAGCUGGAAAAAAGGAGACCAAGGACUUGUAUGCUCCUAAGCAAGGCAAUAAAAACAACAAAAUCAAAAACAAAGUCAAGAAGAGCAAGUCUCCUAAGCCACCCAAGCCAGUAGAAGAAGAUGAGGAAACUGGUUUGCAGAAGUCCCUUAAAUUCAACUUGAUGAGUGACUCUGUUGGAGACAGCCCACGUAUUCACCUUCCUUUGAAUUACCCGCCGGGCAGCCCAGACUUGGGCCGUCACUAUCGUUCCAACUCCCCUCUGCCAUCCAUUCAGUUGCAACCGCAAUCCCCAUCUGCCUCCAAGAAGCACCAGGUGGUGCAGGAUCUUCCAGCCACUAACACUUUUGUUGGAACUGGGGACAACAAUUCCACUGGCUCUGAUCAGUACUCGGAUUACAGCUACCGGACCAACACCCAGAAAUACAACCACAAGCAGUUACCUCAUCGCCGAGUGACGUUCUCAACGUCCAAUCAGGCACCUGAUAUUCAAGACCCAUCUCAGCACAGUUACUAUGACAGUGGGCUGGAGGAGUCUGAGACCCCUAGCAGCAAGUCCUCAUCCGGGCCAAGAAUAGGGCCAUUAGCACUCCCAGAGGACCAUUACGAGCGUACCACCCCUGAUGGUAGCAUUGGUGAGAUGGAGCAUCCUGAAACUGAUCUCCGACCACUGCCUGAUGUAGCCAUGACAGGAAACUGCACGCGGGAAUGCACAGAAUAUGGACACUCAGAUACAUGCUGGAUGCCUGGCCAGCCUUCCCCCAACCGCAGGCCCAAAAAUGCCCUCAAGCUCUCCACUUUUGUGCCUUACCAAGACAAGGGGAGUCAAGAGCAAAUUGGCAACGGGAACCCCAGAAUUCCAGAGGAGCGCAUUGGAGGCAACAACAACAGCACCACCAAAAUGGCUAACAUCCAGCUGUUACCGACUUACAGUGCCUUUACAAGUAACAGCCAUGAAUCAUGUACGGACUCCCCAAUGGAGGAAAUCCCACUCACCCAAGCCGCUGACUUCCAGCAUGCCACAACUCCUUCCUCUCAAUCUGCCAAGAGGGAAAUAUACCUGUGAGAUUUAUUUGACCUUUUAUUGGCAUGUAAGGAGUAUAGGAAAAAAAAAAUGGAUGUUGCUGAUUUUAUCCAGGAACCUAAACCAAGCUGUCUUUUAAAUGAAGGAAAUUGAACAGAAAAGUGAUGACAAAUUAAUGCUUUAUGGUUCAUGCAAAUGCUUCUGGGGUUAAACCUACAUACCGUGCAGUGGGUUUUUUUUCUGUUUUAUUUUAUUUUUGUAUUUUAAAUGUAAAACUCCUAAUCACCCUCAACAUAGACAAUGCGGUGUCAUAAAGGUCAGAACUGGAUUUUGAGAGGGGAAGCACAUUUUUUAAGGAGUAGUUUUUAUAAAGGGAACAUGUGCAUUGGGUUUCUCUGCCCAGAAGAGAAGCUAGAAAUGGAAGGAGGACUAAAUAAGCCAUUGUGGUUUGGUAUUUGUGAUUCCGAACAGGGGGAAAUGAUGACGUUAUCUUGGUGCUGUCAUGUUUUCUGGUACAGAGCAUGAAUAUGUGCUCAUUGAUACGAAUUCCUGUCUAGCCAUAAUGGCUAAUUCAUAACUGAAGGCUUUUGUAGUUAGUCAGUCCUAGAGCUGAACGGUUUGGAACCAUUUUGUUCUGUCAACAUUCGCUCACUAGACAAAAUGUCUGGAAUCACCGCACUGCAUGCUACAGAUUUCUCCUUUCGGAGGUAAAUAGGCCUACUAUGAUGAGAACUGCAGAGCUAAACUUAUCAUCCAUUUUUCAGAGAAAAUGCAUUUGAAGAUUCCAUUUUUGUUUUUUUACAAUUUGUUUUACAAACAGCUGCCUUCCAUUAUAUAUUUGUAGCUGGAUCCCUCUCAUUUUAUAUGUCACUCAACAAGGUUUUAAGUGUGAAACCUAUUGGCAUUGCCUUCUAAUUUCAUCUUGGCAAGCAGGCUAUGUGAGGACUAUGGCAGGUUGGAUAGUUUGAUCACUUCUAUUUGCAUGGAAAACCUUGAGCAUCAGCCUACAUGGGCACAGGCAUGUUAUUUCGGGUGACAAUCACAGCCCUGAUGUGACCUGCAGUGGUUUCUAUUUAUACUAGUAGGAAACAUUUCUGCUGGAAGUAAUGCUGAUCAAAACUACCCAUGAGCCAUAGUUAUUCCCGCUGCUCAUAUAAGCAGCGGCAUAUUGUUGCAUCACAAGCGCAGCAAGGUGGCGCAGAAGGUUUAAAUUAAGAUCUCUGCCUUGAAAGGGAUUCCCAUACCUGCUUUUCAGCUCAGUUAACUUAAUACCCAAAGGUGGUUUAGAGUUUAGAAUCUUGACCACAGAAACCUCUGAGAUCCUUCUUCCAAACCGUUAUUCCGUUCAGUUUCAACAUCUAGUGAGUCACUAUUUAAUUCACAGCAACAACAAAAAAAAGCCAGUUAUUUAUGAAUAAUGUCGGCUGCAUCUUCAGUUUCUUUAGCUAGACAGCAGAAAGUUUUGGGGGGAUCGUUGUGGAGAAUAUACCAAAGGUGCCAUCUGAUCAUGUGGAUGAAUACUUAGGACAGCCAGAUGGGGACCAAACUAUAUCUGCAUAUUCAACGCAUCCAUAACAGGGUAAGCUGCGAGUUUGACAGGCCUUUUCAUGUAGACUUCUGUAAAUACAAUCCCUUUGAAUGAUGAUCAAGUCUGCCUGAUUUCAGCUUUUUAUUGUUGUAAGGAGCAUUUGUUUAUUUAUUGUAGUUUCCGUUCAACUCUGUAAAGUGUUCCAUAGCAGCUGGGCCACUUUGGACAACUUUGGGUAGGAUCGCAUGGAGACAGCUGUAGAUGGUGUUCAUGAUUUUUGUCCGUGUUUUCAUUAAAUUCUUUUUUUUUUUUCAUGCUAUUUUAAGAGAGAAAGAAAACACUUGAAAACCAGUUUAGAGUGUUCAAGUUUCACGUGUACUGAUUAGGCACAGUGCACACACACACACAAGGGUGGGAGUAGUUCUGGCCUUAUUGGAAACCAAAUAGUUAAUCACUAUCCCAAGAUAUUCCAUGUUGUGGGCCAAUUUCAUAUAUCUAGAUUAUAUUAAAACAAUGAUGUUAUAGAUAGUUUUGAGGAGAUUUUGUGCAUAGACUUCAUAGAUGGACACAUCAGGCCUUCAGUUCAUCAGCCCUGCUCUAGAUUAUGGUUCUCUUUAAGGAUCAAGCUGCAUCCACCUUGAUAAAAUUACAAGACUCAUGCACAUAUGCUUAAACCAAUAGAAACACCUUUUAUAAGUUAACUAUAAUUCACCCUAUGGGAUUGGAAUCCAAAAGUGCAUUGCAUUGCUUAGACCACAGAAGGCUUGUUUUUAUGUGCCUGCCAGAGUCAGGGUCCUGUAUUCAACAACAGCCGCUCAUGGGUAUGGCACUCCUAUCUAACAAAUAAUGGGACAUUUCAAAUUCUGUAUUGACUUGGGUCCCGCCAACACUUGUCCUUGUUUCAUUUUCCAGAUAAUCGCUUCCACAUGGAAAUACCCAUCUUCAUAGCCAACCCUGUAUUUUAUUCUCUUCCUUUUCAAGUUACUUUGCCUUUUCCUUUCCAGUGACUUUAGCCAUGGAGAAUCUCUCAAUGUGUAAUGCACUAGAAAUGUGUGAUCUGAUUGGUCAUUUUGUGCAUGGGGAGGGGGGGGCGAUUUCAUUCAUAGCAGUACUGCAUAUUACAUCCUAAUCCGUUAUGGAAUUGCACUAUAAUUCUUGAUUCAUCCAGUUUCUCUUGUGCUAAGGUUCAUGUAGACCAUCAUUGCUGAGAUUCAGAGAAAUACCUUGUGGUGAUGUAUGCAUUGAUUACAUUGGUCAUUGGUAAUAUAAAUAACCUUUUUAGGAUAUUUGGGAUUUUUUCUAUACUAUCUAAGAAAUAUGUUUUAUAUAAAGGAUGUGCCCAUAUACACAGAUUUGUGUCCUUCUGGAGGAAAGCAGAGAACCAACACUGGGUACCAGAGGACCCACAAUUGUGUGCCACAUAUAUCACCCACGUACCUUAAACUGACUUACCUAUAAAGAGCCCAUGCAGAUAGCUACUUUAAAACAUCUUUUAGGGUAUCAUUGUACAUAAACCCAAUCUUGUGUUGUCUGACUAUCAAGGCAUAGAGCGAGGAACGACUGUAUUUCUUUAGAUUUUCAUUUGCAGAGGUGGAAUGCCUCAUUGAAGACCAAUUAUCUUUCACUCGCCAAUAAAUUCCGCAUUUCUACGAAUAAAUGUUCUGUGCAAAUAGCAAGCCACGUUGUGUUUCUUUAUAUAGACAUACAUGGAAGCGAAAUCCUUAUUAAGUGUAAAAACAAAAUAUUUGUGUCUUUUCAAGUGCUAGACCAUCUUCCAUUAUAACCUUGAUUACCUUCACUCCUAGCAGAAUGGACACCCUGACACUAUAUAUAUAUAUAUGGAUAGGCUGAAGUUGAUUAAAAAAAAAAAAAAAGCACCAUAAUGAGAAUUAACGUGUUUCCACUCGCACAAUGCUGCUCUGACAGGCUAAUAUUCUAUAGACAUAUCUGGAAGUACGUUCUUAAUUAUCACCUGCUGUUUCCUUCUUUACUGCACUCCUUCCCACUCCACCUCGGUCUUUCUCUACGUCUCGCAUUAGCGAACAGAGAAAUUCUGGAAAAACCUUCAGGUCUAAAUCUUUAUUAAAUCGAAGUCUUUAUUAACACGCGCCUAGGACCUUGGUCUUCAACGAGCUUAAUUAUAGCUGCAUUUGGAAUAUGGGUGGGGUUUAUAAUGAAAGAAUGUUAUUUUUAUGUCAAUCUAAAGACGCCUAAAGCAAAUUCUUCAUACACAGGGUAUUUUAUUAUGGUACAAAAUGGAGACAGAACACACAAAAUGAAUGCUUGGGCCCCAUUCGGACAGAUUGAAACAGACCGAUACGUGCAAGAAACCUCUUCCAAAUAAAACAUAUUAUAUAAAAUAGAUCGGGUUGUGCAUGAAUAGGUUAAGCAUAUAUCCUGACACUUGAUUGGAGGGCAUAGCUUUGACCAUCUAAAAGCCAUACUUGCUCUGUCUCUCUAGCAACAGUUGGGUUCAUGGCUUUUCCGGCAGUCUCUCACAUUCCUAGAACUUGCCAACUGUAUGGAUGUAGCUAUUUAUGUUUCACAUACUGUGAAUAGAUGUAUUAAUAGUUUGUCAUUCUUACAAAAAAAUUUUAAAAAAAAAGGAAAAAAAAAAUUUAACAAAGAGGGCAAUGUUCAAAGUACAUAGAAAUAUGUGUGUUUGUUGUAGACCAGGCUGUUUUUUCCACUUAUGGUAUUCCAUUUUUUUCUAUGCAUGUCAAUACAACUCUAAGGCAUGGAAUUUUCAACCUUGCUAAAGAUAUUUACAGUCAGGCUUGCCUUUCAAGAAUAGAAUGUCAUUUAGGAGUUGAACCUGCAGGAGCCAAUAUCAGUACUACACAUGUGUUUUAAUACAGUUUAAUUUGUCUAAUUGGGAGGUGCCAUGGGAGGAUGCUAAAUGGAAAGAGAAUCAGCAGGGUGAGGGUUGGGUUGCGGAUAAAUGAGCUUCAAAACUAGCUAAGGUCUAUGAAGGGUAACCAUCACUUUCAAUAUAGAAUCGUUAAAGUAAGUGUUCUUUAAAACAGAUUUGUAGAAAUCGAAGCAACUUUGCUUUAUAGUGUGGCAUGCAAACAAAUUCUAUAUUUGAGAGAGGAAAAACUGUUAGAAAGACAAGGGAGAUCAAAGUAAAGACCAGUUGGCGAAUGCUACAUCAUAUUUAAUCUUGGGCUGUUUUUCAGCCAGGGUUGUUGAACCAAAACCUAUUUCUGUUUAUUCUAACAGUGUAAUAAAAUUGUAUAAAUAACACCGUUUGGGAAUUUGGGGCAUUGCAAAGCCUCCUUUGUCAAGGGAGAAAUGUUUGCAUAUUAUAUUUCCUAUAAUGUAGGGCUGGAGAGGACCUGUUCUUCUAUCAAACAUGUCUCAUCAGCUAUAUGAUGUUGGUGCAUGGCUGUAUGAUGUAACACUAGUGAGGAGCUCUGACCUGGUUCAACAUAUAAAAUGCAGCAGACGCACUUGAGUCGGCACUUCAUCCCUUUCAAAUGGACACAUAACAUGCAUGUCAGAUGGCUGCUUAGCGAUGAACGUAGGUCUGUACUGCCCAGUUGCACUCAAUCCAGAGCCGUCUGCAGCAUGCAAUUACAUUCUAAUUAGCCAUGGAGGAUCUGGAGUUGAAUAUGUGUUCAGUGUUUAGGGGAUGAGGUGGCAACCCUUAUACUGUACAGCGUUGGCAUAUACCUUUGUGUCAUCAUAAUUCACUUCCCAUAAAUUGUGUGCAAUAGGAGGAAUGGCGAGGAAAAAAAGAGGGCAUUAUACUGAGACAGACGAAAUCAUUUUAGGCCUACGUUAGCAAAUAAAAGGAUUUCUUCCUGAAACGAUAAAUACCAAAGGUGAGAGACAUGCAAGUUAUUUGCGUUUGUAGAACACAAUGGCAGGCUGCUUUUCGAAAGAAUCCACAAAAUGGCGUAUUCAAAAUUUGUAAAGCAAAAACACACACACAAAAAAGAAAACCUAAGCCUGAAAUUUGGAUUUUUAGUGUUGGUUCACUUUGCCUCUGGAGGUGUCUGCAAUGCAAUGCGUUGGCAACGGUCCAACCAAUGGUGGGGGGGGGGGUUCUAACACAAAGAUUUAAUUUAACUGCUUGUGAUGCUGCCUUGUUUUGUACAGUUUUAUGUACAUGAAAGUGUUGCUUUUUAAUAUAAAUCUUUAAAGAAAUAUAUAUUAAAUCCCUCUCCGACAAAAAAAAAAGGAAAAAAAAAAAACUCAAGCGAAAUUAUUAUGGCAAAAUAUGUAACUAUUUUUAAGAUGUUAAAUUAAUAUGUAUAAUCAGACGCUAUCAUUUGGGGGGGGUUUUCUCGAUUUGUAAGAAAAAUUGUUGUACUUUUCCCCAAGUUCCACCCACACCAUGACCUUUUUUGCUCUGGGAAGAUUUUUCUACCUUUGUUUUUUCUUUCUACCUUCCAUUUUGUUCUGACAGUCACCCCUUUAUAAAUUGCAUGGUGACCAGAAGGUCUUGUGAGAAACAUAACGUGAAAGACCUCUCUGCAACCUAAGGGAGUAAAUCCUUUUCUGUUAUUAGCCCUAUGAGCACAAUCAUAUUUUUUGUUCUUUCUCUUUUUAAUUUUUUGUUUUUCCUUUUUUUUUUUUGGUCUUUAAUUGUUUCAGCAUGGCAAGAAUAAACAAAAUGUGGUCUGUCUUAUCGUUUUUAUUUUCCAGAUACAUACAAAUUUUUCUGUUAUGUUUGCGGAGCUGUCAAAUAAAGAAUUCCAUUGUAAUUAUA